AGGACUGCAGCUCGGGGGCUUGCGUGGGGGCGAUCGUCCACAGAUCAGUCAAAAUGCAGACUCCAGUGGCUCUCCUUGCUUCUGCAGCUCUGUUCCGCUGCUGUUCCAGAGCUCUGGCAGGGCCGGUUUCCAUAUCUGUACUGAGCAGGCCCGAGACUCAGACUGUACGGCUCUCUGGUGUUUCCCAUCUACAGCUGUCUCACCAGGAGUUCCAAAUGAGCACUACCUCCAGGGAUAUUGAUACUGCUGCUAAGUUCAUUGGUGUGGGUGCAGUCACGGUUGGGGUGGCUGGUUGAGCAGGUAUUGGAGCAGUGUUUGGCAGCUUGAUCAUCGGCUAUGCCAGGAAUCCUUCUCUCAAGCAGCAGCUCUUCUCCUAUGCCAUCCUGGGCUUUGCCCUGUCCGAGGCCAUGGGACUCUUCUGUUUGAUGGUGGCAUUUCUCAUCCUGUUUGCUCUGUGACAGCCUCUGGGCCAACCCAUGGCUUCCAUCACUCUGUGCCGUCUCCAGU